CUGAAACAGAGACUAACGUUAACCGGUUGUUUUUACAACGUAACUUUUCUUUUGCAUUUCAACUUUACUUUGUAGCCCAAAGUCGUAUAGUCUUCGAGCUUGGAAAGAGGAGGAAGCUACCGGGGGGGGGGGGGGGGGCAGCUUAUAGGCUUGGUGCACCUUUGGUGGCGAGGGAAACACUCGCACCUUGCCAUAUCCUCGGACUGAACAUGGCAGUGUCCCUCAUCCAAGCCUGCCGCAGUCUUGCUCUCUCAACAUGGCUGCUAUCUUUUUGCUUCGUUCAUUUGCUGUGUCUGGACUUUACAGUGGCAGAGAAAGAAGAAUGGUACACAGCGUUUGUCAACAUAACCUAUCUGGAUCCCGUUACUUCAGAAAUCAAAACCGAAAAGACCGAGUGUGGACGGUAUGGCGAGCACUCCCCAAAGAAAGAAGCAAAAGGACAAGUGUUGAUGCCUUCGCACUUGCGAGAGAGACAGGCUUGCGACCCAGACACUAAAUAUCCUCUACCUCCUCAAAAUAGUACCUGGGUGGCGUUGAUAGCUGCAGGGAAUUGUACAUUCAGAGACAAAAUUCGCAACUUAGCUGCAUUUCACAAUGCAUCCGCUGUCAUUAUAUACAACGUGGGGUCCAGUAAUGUGAACGAAACAAUUACAAUGCCCCAUCAAGGCACAGGGGAUAUAGUGGCCGUCAUGAUCCCGGAACCCAAGGGCCGAGAGAUUGCCGCCCUUCUGGAACGCAACGUCACGGUGACCAUGCACGUCACCAUAGGAACCAGGAACCUUCAGAAGUACGUGAGCAGGACGUCGGUGGUGUUCGUCUCCAUCUCCUUCAUUGUCCUCAUGAUCAUCUCCCUGGCCUGGCUGGUCUUCUACUACAUCCAGAGGUUCAGAUAUGCUAACGCACGAGACCGCAACCAGAUCUUCCAUGCGCAGAGACGUCUUGGGGAUGCAGCCAAGAAGGCCAUCAGUAAGCUGCAGGUCCGAACCAUCAGGAAAGGUGACAUGGAAACCGAGUCCGACUUUGACAACUGUGCUGUGUGCAUCGAGGGUUAUAAGGCCAAUGACGUGGUUCGGGUGUUGCCGUGCAGGCACAUUUUCCACAAAAGCUGUGUGGACCCUUGGCUUCUGGACCACCGGACCUGUCCCAUGUGCAAAAUCAACAUCCUCAAAGCCCUGGGAAUACCUCCCAACUUUGACUGCGGUGACGACAUCCCCCCCGACUACGAGAUGUCCCCGGGCGGACCGCCCACCAACCCCAUCACCGGGGCUAGUGACGUCACGGUGGGGGCCGAGGAGAGCUCAGUCGCUCUGGACCUGGCGGACAUGGAACAGACGAGAGCCCAGCCAGCGGUCUACCACGACGCCCGCGAUGCACCGCCACAGGCCGGGGACAGCCGGCACAUCGCCAGCAGCGAGCAUCAGCCCCCGAUGAGCAGCGACUCCGACACCUCCCUCAUCCUGGCUGUGGAGGUGGGUCUGUCUGACGCGGAGCUCUCCCUCGAGCACGAAUGCAGCUGUGGCGAGGUCAAGACCUGAGCCAAUCGGAGUCACUCGUGGGAGUUGCCCUGGAGAAGAGGGGCGGGACCGGAGGGUCGGUGGGUCUGUCCCCAGUGCUUCUGGCCCGCUGAUGAGAGUGGCAACAGAUUUUUUUUUUUUAAACG